AUGCUCUGCAAGCCUUCGUGCGAGCCGCUAGCAGAGCGCGAUCGCGACUUGAAGGAUCUCCACAGCUUGGAGCGUCGCUACGCAGUGUCGGAGGCGGCCAGAGAUGGGUGUGCCCGACGUCUGAAGCUUCUCGAAACGCAGCAGGAAAAGCUUCAGCGCGACUUGCAAGUGGCCCUAACCUCGAAGCAGGAGCUUGCAGAAAAGCACAACUGCCUGCGGCUGGAGUGUGAGGACUUCGAGUCGCAGCUACGACUGGCAGAGCGGGACGCCUCUUCCAAUGCUAAGCAUCGAGACGAGAUUGCCCAGGAGCACUGGCAACACGAACAAGGGGCAUCCGAGCUGUUGGAAAAGAGCCAGCAACAAGAGCGUGCCGCGGAAGAGUUUCAGCGAAGAUUCGAAGAAGUGGAGACUGCACUGGAGGCAGCCAUAUUGGCCAAGGAGCGUAUGGAAGGGCGAGCGGCGUCAGCAGAAGGCGACUUGAAGGAGCUUGCAGAAAAGCACAACUGCCUGCGGCUGGAGUGUGAGGACUUCGAGUCGCAGCUACGACUGGCAGAGCGGGAUGCCUCUUCCAAUGCUAAGCAUCGAGACGAGAUUGCCCAGGAGCACUGGCAACACGAAAAAGACGCAUCCGAGCUGUUGGAAAAGAGCCAGCAGCAAGAGCGUGCCGCGGAAGAGUUUCAGCGAAGAUUCGAAGAAGUGGAGACUGCACUGGAGGCAGCCAUAUUGGCCAAGGAGCGUAUGGAAGCGCGAGCGGCGUCAGCAGAAGGCGACUUGAAGGUGGGGCAGGUGUGGGUAGCGGUCCGUUCGGGGACGGACAGCGGAACCAAAGUGCAAGGACGCCACCGCCCGAAGUGUGGCUCGAAGAGGCCUCUGGCGAGUGCCAAAGACAGCUUUUGCUGGUGUUGGCUUUUGAUGCAGGAAGCGGUGCUCCCAGAGGAGUACUUGGAGCUUAAGGGAGCGAUCGAUGUGUCGGGCUGGGGAGCCGUGGAAUGGGCUGGAAACUACACGCUGCUCCACUGGGCAGCAGCGACGAACCACGCUGGCCUCUGCGAGCACUUUCUCAGGUUGAGGGCCGACCCACUCGUCCGAGAUGAUGCGGGGAGGACCUCGUUGGACUAUGCUGUUCUGCAUCAGCACAAGGAGGUGGCGAUGGUACGCCGAUGCAUGUUUGCUUUGGACGAUGUCCGGCUCCGACAGGCUUCAGCCAUGACCUUGGAAUCCUUGAAUGUUGACAGCGAGCGGGAUGAGUAUGGAGACCUCUUCGAAGACUACGGCUUUCUGAAGAGGGCGGAGGCUUUCAAGGGAGAGGGCAACAAGGCCUUUGUGAAGGAGCGCUUCGAGAAGGCAUUGGCCGAAUAUGACGACGCGCUGGAGCAGUUGUUAACAAUCGCCUACGACAAGUCCAUUGUUAUUGGCAAGAAGAAGUGGAAUGACAUUGUCGUCAUGAGAAGCACACUCCACUUGAACAAGAGCACAUGCUUCUACAAGCUCAAAGAUUGGCAGCAGUCUCUAGAUGCUGCGCUCGAGUGCCUUGUGGGCAACCACCGGGAUGAGAUGCUAUUUACAGAUCCGCACAUUCGCCAGAAGCUGAAGGAGUCAGAGCGAAAAUCGGGUCAUGCUGGCGCGACCCUCGUGGAAUUUCGUUUGCCCAGGAUCACGCGCGCAAAAGCGUGGUUUAGGGCUUCGCAGUGCUAUGGUCAUUUAGACUUCCUAGACAAAGCAAAGGAUGCUCUAGCCAAGGCGCUCGAAGCAUGUGACGACCAGGGGUUGAUUGCUGAAAUCUCGCAGCAUUCCCUGCGCUUGGACACUUUGGAGAGACUCCAGAAAGACAAGCAGAAGAAACAGUUUGCUGGGUUCUGGGAUAAAUUCCAGGAUCGUGGUGGGUACUCGGAGGGAAGGAAUGACGUGCAGGAUUGGGACAAGCUGAAGUACUGGGAACGCUUUAAACAUGUCGAAGAAUAUGAGGAGAGAUACUCUUACGUCGACCAAGACCAGCAGCAGGAGGACCCGAAGAGGGGAGCUGCGGCCGAGCUGUUGCACCAUCUCCCGCCCGGUGCAAAGUGGGACUCGGCAGUGAAGGGCCUGACCAAGAAGAUGUACCGAAGCAUCGACCGGAGCUUUGAGGAGUAUUUGGAGAAGAAAUCCGCUGGCCAAGUUGAGGAAGCAAGCGCGACAGAAGAGCCUGGCCAGUCUCCUCGAAUAGAAGUGCCGCCUGAGCCAAAGGAUGUCGUACCGCCCAGGCCGCGGCGAAAGGAGGAGACACCGCUUGCGUACUCGCCACGCGGGGCUCGGCCAGGUGCUCGCUCCCGGGCCGCGCGUUCGCCAUCGCCGCUUCCGAACCCACGGGAGGAGUAUGCCCGGCACUACAACAGCUAUGCAAAGCAGGAGAAGGCUUGGCAGGACAAAGCCGCAGCAGAGGCGCUGGACUCGGAAGAGGAGCAAGAGCUGCAGGAGGCACGAGAUCGGAUGGCAAUGCAGCGCUGGGAGAGAUUGAACAAAGAGCGCAAGGCAUGGCUCGAGGCGCUGGACGACGAUGAUUGA